CCAGUUCUGCUGAGGCAGAAGCCAUGGAUCACAGACCUUGCUUCUCCUGCUGGCUGCUGGUGUGCUGUUUGGUGAUAAUGGUAGCAGAAGGACAAGAGAUGGUUACCCCUCCUGGAAGCUCACAAAAUAAUGCAGACCACACAGAUUGUGAAAUCUUUACACUCACCCCUCCGCCAAUCACAAGGAAACCAGUGACAAGGAUCCAGCCCAUCACAAGGACACCCAAGUAUUUCCCAAGAAGGAAAAUCCAGAGAGAAAGCUCAUCUGAAGAAAGCAGAGAGAAAAGAGAAGCCCAAACAUACUGAAGCAAAAGAAUCAGAUGCCUCACAAAAGACUAUAGAAAGAUUUCUGUUUUUCCAGAUUAAGAGUUCUUGAAUUUGAAAAUUAAGCAUCUUAAAUGUCAUUGCCCAGUAUAGUUCCUCUUUGUCAGCAGUAAAGAAAUUGGUUUGUAGGUUAUUUAUGUUUGCAAAACAGGAGCAGUGACCCAACUUUUUAUGCUCCCAGGAAAUUCAUGCAAAUACAAUCCUAAUGUGGAUAAUUCCGGUAAUUUCUAUCCAUAUUAAGAUUCCAGAAGAAUUGGCUCUCCUAAAUGAGAAUGAAGAGUAUUUACAUAAAUUGAGGUCAUUGUAAACCAAAUCUACACAUUGGUGACACCUUUUCGUA